CCGCCGAGCGCCGCCACCCCGGGUCUCGGGGAAGGCGGCGCUCGGAACCCGAGAGGCCGCACGAAGCCAGCCGGUCGGUCCUCGCGCUGCGGCGGCGGUGUCUCCUCCCUGCGCUUCGCUGGCCGCGGCGGGCCCAGGUGUGCCUUAGCCCCGCUCAGUGCCAUGAUCCGGCAGGAACGUUCCACAUCCUACCAGGAGCUGAGCGAGGAGUUGGACCAGGUGGUUGAGAACUCAGAGCGGGCAGACGAGCUGGAGAAGGAGACCAUCGAGGUCCAAGAUCCAGCUGCCGUACCAGGCCUGGACAGCGAGUCAGCCUCCAACAGCCUGCGCUUCAGCAAGGCCUGCCUGAAGAACGUCUUCUCCGUCCUGCUCAUCUUCAUCUACCUGCUGCUCAUGGCCGUGGCCGUCUUCCUGGUCUACCAGACCAUCACGGACUUCCGCGAGAAGCUCAAGCAUCCCGUCAUGUCCGUGUCGUACAAGGAGGUGGAUCGGUACGACGCACCAGGUAUUGCCCUGUACCCUGGGCAGGCCCAGCUGCUCAGCUGUAAGCACCACUACGAGGUCGUCCCCCCCUUGCCAAGGCCUGGCCAGCCCGGCGACAUGGAUUGCACCACCCAGAGGAUCAACUACACACACCCCUUCUCCAACCAGACUGUGAAAUCCGCCCUGGUAGUUCAGGGGCCCCAGGAAGUGAAGAAGCGGGAGCUGGUCUUCCUUCAGUUCCGCCUGAACGGAAGCAAUGAGGACUUCAGCGCCAUUGACUACCUCCUCUUCUCCUCCUUCCAGGAGUUCCUGCACAGCCCGGACAAGGCAGGCUUCAUGCAGGCCUGCGAGAGUGCCUACUCCAGCUGGAAGUUCUCGGGGGGCUUCCGCACUUGGGUCAAGAUGUCGCUGGUGAAGACCAAGGAGGAGGACGGGCGGGAAGCGGUGGAGUUCAGGCAGGAGACCAGUGUGGUGAACUACAAUGACCAGAGGCCGGUUGCUGAGAAGAGCGCCCAGCUGUUCUUUGUGGUCUUCGAAUGGAAAGAUCCUUUCAUCCAGAAAGUCCAAGAUAUAAUCACAGCCAAUCCCUGGAACACAAUCGCUCUUCUCUGUGGGGCCUUCCUGGCAUUAUUUAAAGCAUCAGAGUUUGCCAAGCUGAGUGUGAAGUGGAUGAUCAAAAUUAGGAAGCGACACCUUAAAAGAAGAGGCCAGGCAACAAACCACAUAAGCUGAAGCACUCCUCACGCACAGACCUGCCCACAUUCACGGAAGUCCCACCACUUCCACCUCUCCACCGAGCACCCGUGAUCCCUCCUGUACUUACUUGAAGCAAGGGGCCUCGAAGAGAGGAGCAGCCUGUCCAGCUGGAACUUCCAAGCUGGCCUGGAAAGGGGAGAGACCCAGUGGAUGACCUCCAAGUAUUUAAGUUUUAAAUUAUUAACAUUGUGUAGAGUUGCCUUGGAUAGGUUUGUGGAAGAUGCUUCUUCCUGUUUGGUUCACUGUGUAAUUAAGCUUUAUACUUUUUCCCUUAGUUUUUUAUGGUUUUUCAAGUAGGAAGAAAGUGUGGUUUUGUUUCUCCAAAAAUCAUAGCAAGAAGCAUGGCCCCUGCUUUGGAACCUUGGCACUAUACACAAAGGUGGGCAAACCCUGUGACUGACAGUUGUCCAGGCUGACAGCCUUUCUCAUUGGCUAAUGAGACUCUGAAGUUACUAGGACUAGGGAUUAAAUUUCUUCUGGACUAACUAGCUGCCUGCUUCUCUGGCUGGAACCUUUGUUGACACAGAAAACCAAAAUGUGAUUAGAAAUUAUUUCAGGAGCAAAGAAAAGGUGCUGUCUGGCAGUUGCCGCAGUAUACACUGCUGACCCUCAUUUCAUGGAAACCCCUCCACCCUGGCACUGGCAUCCGACUGUCUGCAGCAGCUGCGGUGCUCUCGUCACUGUCCUCAGUGUAGUCAGUGUCUCCUGUACCAGCUGAGCAUGAUCCUGUGUUCCCUCCCCGUGGAUCCCACACCUGUGCUUUGUUGUGAACAAGGGGCUCUGUGUUACUUUCUCAUGCCAGCUUCUUGCAGUGGCUGCAGUGGUCUGGACCACGUUACAGAUUGAAAGCCUAGAGGUGCUGGCCUCUCACCUGCAGAAUUCACCCUUCUGCCCAUCCCUCCAGCCCCCACCCUGUUUGCAUCUUACCCUCUCUGUCUCUUGUGUGACAGAUGAAAGUCAAAGCAUUUUGUAUGUUGCAUCAACUACCUAAUUUCAAUUCUAAAGGAGACGUUUCUGAAUAACUCAGACCAGACUAUUCUCAAAGGCUAUAUGAACAUGUAAAACAUGGGCUUAUAUUUCUGUGGUUAUAGUUUAACACAACAGAUCCUUUUAAAGGAUUAUACAGAUAACACAAAAUAAUGGUUACAUGAAAUACAUUUUCAGAUAUAAGUUUCAUGUGAUCCUAAUCUUUCUUGUUGCUUCCUAUAAUUCAAAUCAAGUGCCUAGUUUCUAUUCCUGCCUGAACAGUGCUACUUAACUUCUCAAAGAGGUCAUCAAUCAGCCAUGUUCCUAAAGGCCGAUGUGGACUAUCAUUUAUCCUAUUAAAAAUGUGCAUCAUGCGAGGAACCCCAUACUGCUGCUAGACCUGAGCCAGAGCAUGUCAGAUCCUCUUCCCAAAGGAGAACUGCGCCGACCUUAAAACACCACUUUCUGGCAACUGUAGCAUUAGAUAGGAACAGGUGAAGUAUCGUGGACAAGUGAUGUUCAUAAAUAUAAGAAAUCAAACUGUAUAAAUUUGGUAUUUAAAAUUCACCACAAACUAUUUCAUGUGCAAAUGUUACCAGACUGAUGAAAUCUAAAACUCAAAAUGAGAUUAAACAGAGGAUUUAUGAUCCACAUUAAAA